UUAAAGGCAGGAACAGAUCUAAAGACGGUAUAUGGGUUGACAAAAUUGCAAGCAAUAUGUACAUUGGAGCUCCAAAUCAGUUCCUUAUCACUUCAAACAUAUUAUGUUCCAAAUGAUUUAUGAUAUUCUAUCAGUAUUUACUCCUUCGCCUUAUUUAUAAUAAUAUGUAUUUGUCUUAUCUAAUAUUUCCUUCUAUUAUGCCCUCAGGUGUUUGAAAGGAUAUAUAUUGUAAAAUUUUGAAAUAAAAUAAAUGUAUCUUAAUAAAAAAUUCUAUCAAAUGAAGAAGUAUUAAGGAAUAAAUGUAAUAAGGAAUGAUUUAAGACCAAAAUGUUGUAUAAUUGAAACAUUUUUUCUGUAGAUCUGUUUCUCCUUUUAAAUUAACUCUCAUUUCAAUUUUUUAAAUACUGAUAAUUAAACUAAGAUAAAUCACAACUGCCAUUAAAAUAAUUUUUGACAUGUACAUUUCCAAAUAUCUUUAUGAAUAAAGGAAAUUACAAGAAUAUUGAAUCAUAAAUGGCAGGUCAAUUUUGCUUCCAUCAUCACUGAAGAAGAAAACAGAUGUCUGUUUUUUACAACUUGAAGUAAUGGUACAUAAACCCUCAUUUAUAUUUCAGAUCUCUUUCAAUCCUAGCCAUCUUUUUAUUGAUUUAGAUAGAUUUUUGACAAUUUAGUCCCAGCAAUGUCAUUUGCCAAUGAAGAUGCAGAGAGCCUAAUCAGCCACCAUCAAGUACAUCUCAUCAGUGUGGCCCAUGGACAGAUGGGUUAUUACUGUCCUGCUGGCACCUGCUUAUCCAAUGAGUAUCCCCGUCCCAGUGAAACAUUUGGCAAUGAAACAGGGCUCCAGAAUGAGGCAAAUUGUACAGGGUGUCCCCGUGGCUAUUACUGUGAUCAGACUGCCCAGACCGCAUACGUGUAUUCAAAGAUCUUCAAUGCAGGGCUAUUACUGUGGCAACCAACUGCCAAGUGGGGAAUGUGAAGCAGGGUAUAACUGCCCCAGUAGCAUUACAACCCCUGACUUCAUCAUCUGCCCAGAGGGUCAAUACUGCACUGAAAGCACAGUAAACCAAAUCCAGUGCCCAAUUGGGACAUACAGCAAUGUAA